AUAUUUGAUUACCGCGGGAGAUGAGCGGCAGUACUUGGUGCUCUACCCCUUGCAGCUCUGCGCGGCGCUGGGUAGAUGCGAGAGCAGUGGAAGCGCUGCUGACUUGUGUGCAGCAUUUUAAUGCACUUCAUAAGCACAGCCAAUACUUAGGACUCCCUGUGCUGAAGGAAAGGCGAGAUUAGGAGCCUCGCUAGAGACUGCGGCAAGCCAUGGCGGGACGGGAGCCUGGGCGCAGACAGGUCUCGGCACGGACCGCAGAGCAGCCUCCCUCUCCCCCCACCCCCCGGCGGCGUUUCCUAGAAGGAUGGAAAUAGCAGCCUGCAGCGCCUCCGGAGCACGGCCCGCUCGGCGGCGAGCAGCGCAGCGGCCGCGGUGAGGGCGCCCGGGCCGCGCCGCCGGGCACAGCGGCAGCGGGGCGACCCCGCGCCGGGCCGGGGCCGGGGGCCGCGCCAGGCCGGGCCGAUCUACCAGUCAUGAAACGAAUCCUUCUGUUUUUUAUCCUGGCUGCUGCUGUUAUGUAUGGUAUACUUCAUGGAAAUUUGUGGAGGAAUAACCUCUACUGGAUUAGCUUUUAUGGACAGACUUCUUCUGUGAGGGUUCCUUCUUCCUAUGAGCCUAGUGGAGUUACUCAGCUGCCACCCACAGCUGUGGAAAGAAAGAAUGAACUAGACACUUGUCUCCAGAAACCGGCAUUUGAAUCUUUGGUGGGCGUUGAAAAAAUAUACCCGUUCCUGUGUGCGAAUGAUUUUGUCAAAGUGGCAGCAUUCCGUGGAAGUGAUAAGUUUGAACUACCUUACGGAAUAAGGAGAGCAGAGCAAUUCUUUCAUUUAGCCCUUUCAAAGCUGCAGAAUUGUGGCCUGUCCAAUGAAGACGACAGUGUUGCCUGUCGAAGGUGUAUUGUGGUUGGUAAUGGAGGAGUACUUCGAAAUAAGACGUUAGGAGAGAAAAUUGACUCGUACGAUGUGAUAAUAAGAAUGAAUAAUGGUCCUGUUGUAGGGUACGAAGAGGAUGUUGGGAGGAGGACAACUUUCCGCCUUUCUUAUCCAGAAUCCACCUUCUCGGAUCCAGUCCACUAUGACCCUAAUACGACUGUUGUUCUCGUUGUCUUCAAACCACGUGAUUUAAAGUGGAUUUGGGAGAUAUUAAGUGGUCAGAAAAUAAGUGCUAAAGGCUUUUGGAAGAAACCAGCUUUGAACAUGAUAUACAAAUCUAGUCAAAUCAGGAUACUUGAUCCCAGCAUCACCAGAAAAACAGCAUAUGAAUGGCUUCGUUUCCCAACAAGAUUUCCCAGAAAGGAGAAACCCAAGCAUCCGACAACAGGUCUAAUUGCCAUUACACUAGCGUUUCACAUAUGCCAUGAAGUUCACCUGGCGGGCUUCAAGUAUGACUUCACUGACAGAAACGGUUCCUUGCACUAUUAUGGCAAUGACACGAUGUCUCAGAUGAUGCAGAAUGAAUACCACAACAUUAAUGCUGAACAGAAAUUUUUGAAGGAGCUUAUAGACAAGAACUUCGUGGUCAAUUUGACCUGAAAGCUGAAUGGAAAAUAUGAAGAACAAUCACUACUUUCAAGAUUUCAACAAAUUUUAUUUUUUGUAUGACAUUUUUAUUUUUUAAGUGCAGUGUAACUGUUUACUGUUUAAAAGGAGCACAGAAACCUCACCAGGCAGAAGCUCCUUCUAAGGCUGAGGACAACGGGCUAUUGCAAACAGAGUUUCCUGAAUUUCUGUGAAUCUAUUUAAUAAUGGAAAAAAACCAUGAAACUUUCAGCUAAAGGUAUCAGGGAUGUAUAAAAAAAUGUGGUGCACAUCAUUUAUUUAUCAGUAAGAACUUCUUCCAAAUGAUUACUCCUUUGGAAUAUCUUCCUUUCCAAUGUCGUCCUCCAAAAGAAUUACACUGUCCAAAGACUGAGAAGACUAAUGUUUAAUUAAUAGAUGGAUGUAAAGUCUUGAAUCUUUUUCUGGUAGCAUGAAAGUGGCUUUAAAAGCAAUGUCUAUAAACUGUUACUGUAUGUUGGAGAGUAAGGGGACAUGCAGAGCGUACGGGUUUUAGUCUGCCCUGUUCCUGAGGAGAGGGCAACCGUCUUCAGCAAAGAAGCCACAGCCUGGACUGGUCGUCCACUCCGAACCGCUGUCUGCAUCAGUCAGAGGUGAAGACCCCCUGGUCUGACUUGUGGCACUGCUGGUAUUGACGAUGCUCGUGUUGAACCAGCCUAUGGGAAAACAUCCUCCCCCUCUUGUGUGUCCAAUAAAUUUUACAAUUGGUGAUUUGACUUAGAAGAGAGGGAGUAUGAAGACUGAAGAUUUAUCUUAAUAGCAUCUAUGGAGCCAUCACUUCCCCCAGACCACAACAGGAAUGUGAGCUGGAGCUGAGAAGGUCACACUUGAGUUUAAAUUAAGAGAUCACAUUUGUUGGAUUCCUAGAUCUCCACGACAGGAUCCAGUGUAUCCUGCUGUCUCCCCAAGGAUCAAGAUAUAUUUUUCCAAACCAGCACGAUCUCAUUUUUUGGAUGCUGUAAUGUGUUUCCAGCCUUGAAACACAUCAAUAUGAGCAAUGAACGUUCCCAUAUUUUGCAGUAGUGUAUGCUAGGGAAUAUCUAAGAUGUACAGCAGCUGAAUUUACAGUUUGGCUACUGUUUACCUCUCCUCUGUCUCGAUACUUAGGUUUAAAGGAUGUGGCUUUACUAAAUCACUUAGCAGUGGGAAUUUACUUGGGAUUUUAAUUGAGUUAUUUAAUGGGACAGUUAUGUUUCCUGUACAGAAUUGUCUCAGGCAAGCUUAUAUCUAAGUUUAAAUCAGCCUCGGAAUGUCCUUGACAGCUAUCAAAGAUGGAAUGAACAAGUAACAUGCUGUUCUAAUACUCUCAUAAGGUGUAUAUGUAUCUUCUUUUUUUUUUUUUUUUUGUGGCAGGUUUGUUUGAAGAUCUUGUGGUUAUUUUGAUCGAUCAUCUAAAGAAAGAACAAAGUUCAAAAAAAAAGUCUUUGAAGUUGGUAGAAUAACCUUUGUUACUUUACAAUAAAAUGAUAUAGAGAGCUUUAGUAUAUUUAGGAGCAGUGUAAGCAAUUGGAAAACAUGAGUACAACCUCUACCAGGUCGGGAGUGCAGUCCUGUGUCUUUUGGAAGCUGACAGUUUCCAGGAGUGGUGAACGCAACUGCCCUGCUGCACCAGUGCCAAGGAAUAAGUAUUGACGGGACCAAAGAGCCAUCUUACCUUUCCCUAUUUCUUUCUUGCAGAGUGUGAGGUAUUUAGAAACUUCCUGUAGCUCUCUUCAUCUCCCUCUUUAGUUGCUUGGCUCUGCUGUUUGGGCAUUACCGAGUGCAGUGUGACUUGGAGGGGGAGUCGCAGCCAGAGGAGAGGAGGCUUGUGUGAUCGCGUACUGUUUUCACCUAAUAAAUCCUGAACUUUGGCCAGUUUCAAGCAAAUUGGACAUAUUUGAAAUUAGCCAAACGUCAUAAAUGGUGGCAGAGGAUGGGUCCCCAGCAUGGGUCUGUGCCCCGAGAGCAUCCUGCCAGCUGGAUGCGUGUCCCUCGGGCACGGCCGGCUGCUGCUGUCACCACAUGGAGGUUGCUUCUCCUUCAGUGGGGGGAAGGCUGUGCAGGUGUUAGGGGGCACUGGGGCAGGUGACUGCGGUGGUGGAGGAAACCAGAAUUUCUUCACAAGGUGACAGAAGGGCUCUGGUUCAGUUUUUUAUGUUUCUGUGGCUUUGAGGAGGCCUUUCCUUGAAAAUACGAAUAUAAAUAGGUGUUUCUUCAGCUGAAAACAUACACUAUUGUCUCGAACUUUACCAGCCUUUUUUUCUGGUGAUUACUUUGGUUAAUUAGAAAGGUUCAUAUGUGAUUAUACAGGACCAGAAUUGCAGUGAUUUAGGCUACUGACAAUACUAAUUGCAUAUGAAAAGAAUACCAAGGUAAGGUGUUUCCCAAAGCUCUCUUUACACAGAGGCCCCUGGUUGAUCUCCCACCAGGCCAAAUGGAGGGCUCCAGCUUCCCCCCAGAAACACAUGCUCUCUCGCAGAGUUGGGCUCCCUGAUGCUCCCCAGCACUGCAGAGCUCUCUGCUGCCUGCGGCUGCAUCAAAGAGUACAGCUGGAUCCACAUAGCCUCAUCCAGUAGGUUAACUGGGAGGUGUUUCUUUUUUUUUAAUUUUUUUUUUAAUCUUGGAGAGCUCUUUAACUUGCCCCGUCCUCACAGCCACUGGUUCUCGGGAUGGUGCUUCCCAUUGUUUCUCGAGCCUAUGUCCUUCGCAGGAGGAGACGGUAGGGAGCUGUACUCUUGAAGAUGAAGUUAAUUCCUCUGCUUUAUUUCCUCUCCAGAGAUUUUUUAUCCCCAUUAAUCUACUGAUUUAUUCUCCAAAUGUUUUCCUAGGGAAGUUUUCUUCAUUUUUCUUUGGUUGUGCUCUGUUAUACUUAGAAUCCUCACAAAAUAACUGAGCAAAAAGACUUUGUGACAAACAAGUUGUGCCCCCAAACUCUUUUUACUUACGGUAGUCUCCUUUAUUCUUGUUUUCACUGCAUCAGCUUUUUUUGGUGUGUAAGGGUUGGGAUUUUUUUUUAUUUGUUUGUUCAUUUGUUUUUUGAUAUUUUCCCUAUGUAUUUAGUAUGCUGUCUACAGGCAUUUAUCUCUCUUGGCUGCUCUUUUAUAUUUCUUAAACUUCCCUAUUUUUGAUGGAGAUAUUUGCAUUCCCCCCCCCCACACUUCUAUUCCUCCUGCAGGAAUGCUGAGUCUACACUGAGGUUGGUGUCACAGAGCGACUUUUUGAGUAGCGUUUAGACAGACCUGUUCAUUUGAGCUUGAGCCAAGAGCUGGUCAUAAACUGUAGGGUUGUGUCUUUUGAAAGUAUGGUUUACAGGCGAGUAGGUUUUUUUAGCUAACUGAUUUAUUUUUUCCUCUGUAAGAUGUUUUGAUAGGCUUCUGUAUACACCAGUGCUGCUUCAUCAGCGUUCUCCACUUCACAUGGUCAUUUCUGCUAUUCUGCCUGGAGAACAGGUAUCAUUUUUACACUCACUCUGCAUAGGCAAGAAUAACUAACUAUAUAUAAUGUGUUUAUCAAUAACAUCUGCAGUUCAUGGUGUCUGUUUUACCUGAGCACACAUUUUCAAAGUCAUUUUGCAAAACCAAAGAUUUGCCUUGGGACUCUUAUUGAAAAAGCAAUAAUGCUAACUCCAAAUACUCUGGUCUUUUCUGAGAGUCAGUUGCUGUUAAAAGACUUUCUCUUUUUCCAUUUUCGCAGUCCUGAAGUUAAAUUCUCUGCACUGAAACUUGCCUUUGAAAGCUGCUCAUUAUUUUGAUCACAACAUCAGUAGUGAAGCUGUCAAAUUUUGUAUUCCAGGAUGCUAUGAGCUUUGUUUCCACGUCUGGUAACAGCGAACUAUGUUAGAUGCCAGGUAUCUCCUAUGGAUCUUUCUGUAUCAGCUGUGAAGUCAGACAGACUCAUUCCUCCUUCCUCUUCUCCUGUUCUCCAGUAGUCUGCUAAAUGUCAAGUCAAUAGCAUCUUACAGUCAAAGAUGCUCCUAUAUUUUAUCUGCCUCCCUCCCAAACCCUCUCCGUCCCGAAAUGCUGCACCCUCACAAAGGCCCAGCUCUAAGUUACCAAAUUACACUUAAAAUCAGCAGGAAAAUGUGUAUUGACUAAAAGUUCUGUUGAUUCAGACUUCUAGGGUGUUUUCCUUUUUUGUGCUGUCAGGAAAGUAUUUUAUUUCCUCUGCUGUGAUAAUUAAGGGAAGUACUGAGGUAAGAAAGAAGGCCACAAGUUAUUGCACUAAAUGUGAAUCUUAGAGUGCCUAAAAGAUCUUAUUAAAACACAUUUCCAGUGACUCUGUAUUGGUGCUAAUACAGGAUCACAGCUUUGGUGUUUAAUAAGCCGUGAGUGGUACCUCUUGUUUCCUACACUGUUUUUCUUUUAAAAAUGCCCUGAGAGGUAGUAUAAUUAUCUUAACUUUUAAGUAGAGUCUGAUUUUAAGAACACAUGAGGAUCAACAUCUGUUUUCAGUAAAAGUAAUUAUUUUAUUUGCCAUUUGUCUUAAGUUUUAUAUGCCUUUAAAGUGCCAACUGUAUUUUGAAGACAUUCUUAAAAGUUGUUUCAAGUGAAACUUUGAAUGUUAUGGAAAGAGAUUAUUUUCUUUUGAAUAAAUUGUCUUAAAGAUGUU